UUCCAAAAGGUCCCAUCAAUGCCAGCUGCUACUUCCUCCCCAUUCGCCCUCUCUCACUUCCUUUACUCAUCUUUCUCUUUUCACUACCUCUCAUCUUUGGCUGCAAUUCUUAUGUGAUCACCGACUAUAAAUUCAUCGCCUCCAUUCUUUUCGUUUAGGGUGGAUGUGCGGAGCAACUCUGUGGUGUACUCCAAAACAAUCAGACGGAUUGAAUGAAUGUCUGAUCGCCAAUCGGGCCUCAUGACCGACCAGCUCUCCAAGCAGACCUCUAUUUUUGGGCUACGAUUGUGGGUUGUUCUUGGGGUUUGUGUUGGAGCCGCUUUCGUGCUCUUCCUCUUUCUGAUUUCUCUCUGGAUAGCCUCUAAACGGUCGCGGAGGAAGAUUUCUCACAGACCCACAAUCCCAGUCGUCCCCAAAGAGAUCCAAGAGAUCAGAAUCGAUCAUGCCGUCGCUCAGAACCAAGAACACAAGCCAAGUAGAGCUCAUUUUCAGGUUGACCCACUUCCGGAACCGGACCCAAUGCCCGGAAUUGAGCGCCAAGCCUUGCUCUCGCUGCCUCAGGAGGAGGAGCGAGUGAACAGGAUUCAUAUUGAGAUUGGGAAGGAUCAUAGGAUUUCAUAUCCUGAGCGCCUUGGCCGCUCGUCUUCUUCGCAGGGCAGUGGAGAGGGUCGAUGUGGGGGCGAUCAGUUUCCUAUGGUGGUGCCUGAAGUUUCGCAUUUGGGCUGGGGGCAUUGGUACACUCUAAGAGAGCUCGAAGCUUCCACUAACGCUUUUGCCCCUGAUAACGUAAUCGGUGAAGGUGGGUAUGGAAUUGUUUACCAUGGCAUGCUGGAGGAUGGAACUCAGGUUGGUGGAAGCAAUUGGGCGAGUUAGACAUAAGAACUUAGUUAGAUUGCUUGGAUACUGUGCUGAAGGUGCUCAUAGGAUGCUUGUGUAUGAGUACAUAAAUAAUGGGAACUUGGAACAAUUGCUUCAUGGGGAUGUAGGACCUUCCAGCCCUCUUACCUGGGAGAUUAGAAUGAAUAUAAUUCUUGGAACUGCAAAAGGGCUAGCUUACCUUCACGAGGGAUUGGAACCCAAGGUUGUUCACCGGGAUAUCAAAUCAAGCAAUAUCUUACUCGAUAAGCAAUGGAAUUCUAAGGUUUCAGAUUUUGGGCUUGCAAAGCUAUUGUGCUCUGAUAACAGCUAUAUCACAACACGAGUCAUGGGAACAUUUGGCUACGUGGCACCGGAAUAUGCAAGCACGGGUAUGCUAAAUGAAAGAAGUGAUGUAUAUAGUUUCGGAAUACUUGUUAUGGAAAUAAUCUCGGGAAGGAACCCAGUCGAUUAUAGUCGUCCUCCAGAAGAGGUGAACUUGGUUGAUUGGCUUAAGAGGAUGGUCACCGACCGCAACCCAGAGGGAGUACUGGAUCCAAAGCUCUCUGAAAAGCCUACUUCAAGAGCAUUAAAGCGGGCUCUUCUUGUUGCGUUACGAUGCGUGGACCCAAAUUCUCAGAAGCGGCCAAAAAUGGGACAUAUUAUUCAUAUGCUUGAGGCUGAAGAGGCUACCUUUAAAGGGGAUCGUAAAGCUGGAAGGGUCCCAGAAAACUCACAUUCAGACAAUGUAAAGGAUGGUUUAAAUGAGAGGCAGGCGACAGAAUUGGGUGGCAGCAAUGGGGACGAACUCAGUACUUGACAAUGAGAAUAGGCAAUAACAUCAAAACGAGUUGCAGUCAACUUUUCCAGCCCGGGGACGCCCAAAUAGUCAUCCGCAACCGUAAUGCCAGAUCCUCCAUUUAGAAGCUGUCCUACACGGCCACACCAAUGUCGAUCCCAAUAUGUAUAGUGCUUACUCUUCAUCAUUUUUGCUGUCUAUAGCUUCCGUUCGCAAUCCUUAUACCAUUGAAAAGAUAAAAUCAAUUCAUGUCUCUGUCAAUGCCCCUCCGAAGAUGGUCUUAGAGCAUGAGGUAUAUUGUUAUUUUCUUACAUCGUCUGCUCCAUUCCCCCACUGUUCAAAAUCAGAAAUUUGAAUAUAAUAGGAAAAAGUUCAUCUAGAGCAUUCACACUUCAUUUAUAACCAUUAUUUUCAAUUUACAGCUUAUAAAGUUGUAUCCAGUUUAUGAACAAUGUAUGAACGUGAUAAUCCGUUUCCUGAUUGGGCCUAAUAAAUUAAGGGGUCCCUUCAGCUCCUAGUAACAGGAAUUUUGCAUCAUUUUCUCU